AUGAUAUUGUUGUCAACCGCUUGGUGGCAGAGUGCGGCCCAAGCACAGCGCAUACAUGAAUGUCAACUUGAGCAGAACCCGCCGGAAACUCCUGCACCGUGCGUUGUCUUGUGGCGUCUUUACAAAGCCCCGCAGGGGACGCGCGGCUCCCAUACCUCUGCGCCCAGCCCAUUGCUCGGCAGGCUGGCCGCAGCCGCCCUGGAGGUGCGGGGCACGCUAGUUACCAUCCUCCGUGUGGUGGGCUGGAAGCGCAGUGGCGGCCAGCGACGAGCAGAGAGAGAGGCCUGCCAGAUGGGGCCCAGGUGGGUGCGGGGUCGGCGAGGCAUCGGCGACGUCGGCGAUGCACCGGCGCUGUCGGCGAUAUCUGUGCACUGCGGCCUGGCGGCACCGCCGGUCGGUGGGCUAGCGCAGUGUCGGCCGGCGCCGUGGCAAGGAGGAGCGAGCAGCUCGGCGCAAGGCCUUCUGCGAGUUCUGCCCGCGCGGUUCCGCAGAGCCCGCCUCAUCAGGGCUGGGGCUGGUCAGGGGUAA